AUGAGUACUUGUACUUUGGAAAGUAACUGUACUGAUGUUGUUUCUAAAAAAAUAGUUUGGCCUUUUUUUAAAAUCAAAAGAAAUACAAAAUAUGUUAAAAGAGUUAGAAGUAUAACAAAAUCACAUUCAUUAAAAGGAAGUAAAUAUGAAACAAAAAAAUUCUUUGCAUCUACAUCAGUUAUGGGUCCAGGUCAUAUUAUCAGAUCAAAAGGAAAACUAAAAUUAUUUUGGAUAAUUAUUUUUAUAUUAUGUACAUCAUUUUUUAUUUUACAAUCAACUUUUUUAAUUGCCAUGUUUCUUAGCAAACCAACAUUUUCUAAAAUUUCAAUAAUUUUUGAAGAAGAAGGUUUACCUUUUCCUUCAAUAACUUUUUGUAAUUUCAAUCCAAUACGAUACAGCUAUGUAAAUAAAUUAAAUAAAACUGGCACGUUUAGUAAAGAAUUGUUAGAUUAUAUCUCAAUGUCAUUAAUAGAAGUUACAGAUCUUAUGAAUCUUGCAGACUAUAGAGAUUUAGUUAAAGGACAAAAAGAGCUUGAAAAAUAUAUUAAUUCUACACAUAAAUCUUUUUCAAUAAAUAAUUUCAUAUUUAAUGCUGGUUUUGAUUGUGAAGAUAUGCUUAGAAUAUGUUCUUUAGGAGGUCAGGAAUUUGAUUGUUGUAGUGCUGCAAGACCAAUCCUUACCAAGAAUGGUAAAUGUUAUGAAAUUGAUCUUAAAUCUUCAUAUAUUAAAUGGCUUCACAAUUCUGUUAGACUUGGUGUUGAUAAUGGUUUAAUGAUAAUAGCUGAUUAUCAUUCAGAAGAACAAUUAUUUAUUGAUACUGAUAUUGCAAAAGAAAGUUUAUUUGGAGAUAUUUUUCAAAAAGGUUUUAGAUAUAGUAUGCAUGAAAAAAAAGCAGGAAGUCCUUUUGCAUCUGAAGAUAGUACAGCUUCUCCUGGAACAAGAGUUUUCACUGCUUUAAAAUUAGAAUUUAAUAAACUUUUAGAAUCUAAUGAUUGGGGAAAUUGUACAAAAACAUGGCCUUCUAAAUAUAAAGAUAACAGAGAAUACUCUUCUAGAAAUUGUAAAACACUAUGCAGAGCUAAAUAUUUUAAUGAAUUUUGUGGAUGUGCUCCGUAUUCAUAUAACAUUGAUGACAAAUAUGCUAAUAAAAAUUCUUUAGAUGAUAUUAUACCACAACCUUUAUGUGAAGAAUGUGCUCCUGAUUGUGAAUCGUGGAUUUAUUCAGCAUACAAUUCUUAUGGUGGAAAUUUUCCUUCUGAGGCUUUAUAUAAAUUAGCUGGAAGAAAUAAUUCUUGGACACCAAAUUUUAUUAACAAUAAUUUUGUAGCAGUAAAUAUAUUUUUUAAAGAUAACUCUUAUACCUUUUAUGAAGAAGUAAAAGCAACAACAAUAUCAGAAGUUCUUUCAAAUAUUGGUGGAAGUAUGGGACUUUUCCUUGGAAUGAAUAUUAUUUCUGUAGGUGAAAUAUAUAUUUAUAUUCUACGUAUAUUUUGGAUUUGUGUAUCAAAAAGAAGAAGAAAAAAUGUUAUUGAGAAAAAAAGAAGAACUAAUUCUCAAAUAACUAUAUAA